AUGGCCCAUCCCUCGGGCUUCUACGGCGGCCACAUGUUGACUACUUCAGCUGCCUGCCCGACGGGUCGCCGACGUGGCCGCAAACCCGGCCUGAACAGCAGCCUGGUUCAACGCAAUGCCGCCAACGCUCGCGAACGGUCCCGUAUGCGAGUCUUAUCAAGCGCGUUUGUGGAACUAAAAGGUGUCCUUCCCUGGGUGCCGAAGGAUACCAAGCUUUCCAAGCUGGAUACCCUGAAGUUAGCUGCUGGCUACAUCGCCUACUUGAAGCAGGUUCUGGACGCUCCACCAUCCGCUACAAAACGCGCCGGGUGCAACAGUAAUGAUGAAGAGGAAAGUCUGUUGGGUAGUUUUCUACGCGACUCUAUUGUCAAGGCCUCUCGCCCAUCCUGGCCGGAAUCACACAAGGCUUCUGCGACGUCUUCUGAAUUGAACGUUCAUGCCGCCGAACCGGACUUCCACAAGCACAAGGGGAAAGGUCAAGAUUGUAGUUACCAUUCAAGCGAAUUCGCAGAUCUCUCCACUGAUUACAGAAGUUCCGAUAUAAGCACGGCCUUGUCUAUGACGCAGUCGGUAAGUGUUGUGAAAAUGGAAAACAGAUUAAAUUUAAACUCAGCAAUAUUUUCGUCCAAGUCUAACCCAUUAAAAUGAUGUAAAUCCUCAUCGGCGCUACCUAUUAUUCCGAUUGACAUCGUCUUCACGUAAAAGAGAGGAAGUUAAUUCAGGGUCUCUCAUGUUUACUCAAGCUGGUAGGAGGCUCUGGCUGAGUUUGCCAACUCUGAAAGGAAGACCAAAAGGACUAGUUAUGGCUUUCUUUAUCGCCAUUUAUUGGUCAUAAUCUAAACCCAGACCAAGAAAACAUAUAACGUGGACCCCAACUCACCCUCAUGAGGCCGAACUGGGAUGCUUACAGUCUUAAACAUUGAGCCGCAGACUUCGAGGCACUGGGGCAGGAGCAUCCCAUACAGAGCAGGCUUGUUCGGUAUUAUUGGCCCUUUGUGAAGGGUAUACUUGGCAGGAAAACGGCAUUCCAUAAAGGAACCAGAUGAUAUGACUUUGCGACUUCGUAACGUGCUUUCAAGGGGAAAACUGUUGCGUAGGAAGGCUUGAGACACUAUUCUACUUUAUUUCACACACGACGAUGUGUUGGCUUUGGUCUAGAGACGUCUUCUGUCAACUGCCUAGAGUAUACUCAGAAAAAGUGUCAUUUUCAUUGUGUGAAGAAAUUCACGAAUCAUGCGAAAGUAGCCGGAAAACCACCCUAAGGCAGAAUUCGCCCACACCAUGCCUUACAAAUCCGGAAGUUAGCGAAUAGAUAACUUUGUACCAAACAACGCUAUAUAAAAUUAUACUGUUACUACUUUUUCCGUAGCUGGAAACUAUAAAAGCUGGCAAUAACCACAGGAAACGCGGUAAGUGUGUACUGCAGGUGGGAAAUCCCUCUAAAGUUUAAAGCUGCAGAAGGAGAGAAGCCAGACCCACAGGUCACGUUCUUUGGAAGAUUUCGCUCAAAGGCUGCAGCUGUUUCGGAGCCUACUGCCUGUGAAUCUUGGUAACAUUCUGCCAUUCGUUCGGCCGGCUGUCUAACCAGUAGACCGUUUCAGGCAUCUCGAUUUUUGUCAUUUGAAACACCACUAUCGGAUUCUGCCCACCAGUGCUAUAAUUGGGGAUAAGACGCGGUGCUGAGAGCCUACCCCGUAAUGCACGCACCCAUGUGCCAACUUUCGUGGAAAUUGUGGCCAAAGUUAAGGUUAGAGUAAAAACAGGGUAUGCGUUAAGGAAGGGUUCGGUUUAAAGUUGGGUUUUGGGUUAGGAGUUCAGACGCGGGAAUAGGUACCCUUCCUGGAAUUAAGCGUAAAGCCACCUGUAGUACAGGCAGGUUCAUACUUCCACGUCUUGACUGAUCCCGUGAGCAAGAUCUGUUAACAGCAGUAGGAUGCAAAUAUUGCAAAACGGGGCAAAAUCUGCACAGCUUCCUCUGCCCAGAAAGUACUGAGAAUAAGGCACCAAGUCAUCUCUCCGUCUGGUUGCAAUCGGGUGAGAGCAAAAACGUCUAACCACAUAACCAUCUGCCAUGCUGAAAGCACAGGUACUAGCCAAAAGCCCAGACAUGCGUGUUUGCGCAUUAACUUCAUCGAAACUUAAACAAGGCGGGAUGGAACUGGAGUACCUAUACCAGAAAAUGCACGGGGAAAGCUGGGGGACCCACUGAUGGGCCGAGUCCCUCGCAGUUGCGUAAUGCGGCGGCAUAAGAUCGACGAAACACGCUUGUCUGGCUUUUGGCUAGUACCCGUGCUGUCACUUUAGUGAAUAAUUACACAGUUAUAUACCACUGGCUGCCUGGUGGCAGUUUCUAAUACUACGCGGUUAUUUCUCAGCAGUUGGCGGAUUUCAGCUGAGAUAUUCACAUCAACUUUCGGGCCGAAUCUGACAAGGCCUGCUUCGAAGGAUUUACUCCAAAUUCGCACAUUAAUUUCCUCGGAAAUUAAACAAGGCAAAAACAUCUAACAGGUACUUCAACACAAACAGAUGCUUAUUUCCAACACGUAUGAGAGAUUGAAAUGCAAUCAUGUCUCCCUCGGAAGUCGAAUUUCACCUCACUGUCACAUAUGGUUUUUGUCAGCCCUUCCAACAUACAUGAUGCAAACCACUCUCAGGGAGGGCGCAACUGAGUGAGCCCCUUAAACACGUCUUGGACCUCGAAGCAUAAUUCAGAAUGGGCUGUCAGGAGUCAAUCACUCUGAGAAGUGUUCCAGGGAUGGCAAACUCAAAAAAUGAAUUGCCUAGUAGGACAGGCUAUGGAAACUGAUGAGAAUAGCGGAACCGUGUCUGCACUUCUUGGUUUUGGGUCAAAUUGCCUUCUAGGCAUUUAAGAGUUAUGAAACUUCCGCAGUGAGUCCAGCAAUGGCAGGCGAUUUCUUCCGCGAGACGAAAAUAUUUCCGAAUCGCUGUGUUCCUCUAUACUUUUUUGAAUUAUGCAACUCCUUAUCGUACCACUUCUGAAAGAGUGUCCAGGUGGGAAUCGAUCGUCUCAGCGAAUAUUACUCUUAUGUUAUGGCGAAACUGCACUUAGCUCUUGCACUAAGGUGUCAUAUAAAGUCUUGUCCCAUUUAUAAAAUACAUGCCUAGACGUAACCAGUCUGGAAGACCGAGUAUUUUUAGGCCACCAGUCGGGUCUGAAAGUUGAUUCGAGCCCUUAUAACCAGGUGUGUUGUUCGCAGGGUGUACGGAUAUUGUCCUUCGAGCUUGCUCAUUAAGUGGGGCGUAUUCUCUUUAUCAAGGCGGACCGCAACUGUGCUUUUCGAAUAAGUGCAAAUGCUAAGCUCGAGAGUGUUCUAGAAAAGAAGUGUUUAAACGAAUCACUUUGAAAAUCCCCCUUCUAAAUUUAAGCGUGUACCGAUCUCUACUUAGUAGUAUGCAAACCUUAAAGGUGGCGACCGUCAAUGUGUCCGGAUUGCUAUAAGAACUUUCGUUUUGCCUUGAAGCUUCCAUCUGGGCUGUCGCGUAGCAAAGAGUGAUCAAAAAGUGAAAACAUUUGCGAAGGGAAGUUAAAAAUAAGUGGACUUCUAUAGUCAGUCUCCAAAACAAUUAUAUUUUGAAAAAGACUAGCGACGAUUCAAGAAAUCGACCAUAAAUCCGGAACAUGGAGAUGACAACGCGAUGACCCGUCUAGCAAUCCAUGUCACACAUCGCCUUGGUCACACUUUUGGACGGGGAAGUAGUCCAAAAGUAACGAGUGAAGCAGCCACGGUUGCAUCCAUAUUGUCUGUCCUCCGGUAGGAGAGUGGAAGGUGUUAAUGAGCAGAAUACUGUGGCCCCUGCAUACCUGUAGGAGGGAGGUCAUUGCUGUUUCGACGCCGUGGCAGCCGAACACUCCCCUCCAAGUACCGUUGUGUCUAUCAACAGGCGAGCAAUGAAGUCAAAAAGAACGAUCCAUUUGUCGCAGGCAGGUUUCCGUAGAAUUUGUCCUUUCCGUAACCGCGACCUGUCGUUGAUAGAGGGUCAGCAUGGGGAACGGCGACGAAGUUAAAUCCGUAAAGUCGCGCUUUCUUGUUCAGAGGACGGUCCUUGUCCUCUGCGGGAGACGGACAGUCGUCCAAUGACAUCAUUCCUGGGAAGGCAAGGACGAUUUCGGAAGCUCGCCGCUCCGAUCUUGUACGUACGCGCCAGAAAAAGGUGCAUCCGUUUCCCAAUCCCAUAAGUUAUCCUUGUUCGGGGAAGCAGGUCUCGCCCAGUGCCUGAGUGUUAACUUUGUAGAAAGCCAGGAUAUCUUCUUCUUUUCGAUCAUUUUGUGUUAUCUAAGAGCUAACGAGCAUCCCGGACAGCCUCUGUGCGUCGCCAUCUCCGUAGCACUUUAUGCUCUGGAACAGAGAAGGAGGAUGGUAGUUCGUCCAGACAACACGGGACAAAAAGAAAUGACGGUUUAACCAUCGCAUCCGACGAUAUCCACUGUGUGCUCUACAGCAAGGUGAAACAGGGACGGUGACUUGCGAUUGAAUGAGUUCAAAGCAAUAGUAAUCUACCGCCACUCUCACCUUCCCUACCUUCGCCCGGCGUCAAGACAUAGUCAAGAAGACCGGAGGCGGCAGAGGGCGCAGGUAGCUGGUACAACCAAAACCUGCACUAAGGCGUACCACAACACCACGUGGUCCACAAAGUACACUGGCCAGGAUUUUACACAACUUAAAAAAUAGAGAGCGGCUCGGUUCCCAAUUAGCGCAGCGAGGGGUUGCGCCUAGACGUGCUGCCACACCCCCAGUGUCGGCAUCCAUUAUGAGUGCGCAUUCCCAAUAACGGAAAAGUCUCGCAUCUCCAUACGCUAUUAAGAAGAUACCACACGACGCUCAUGAAAUUUCGCGGUGGAUUUGUACCACGCUGCAGACUUUACAAGCAUCCAUAGUUAGUGGACCGAUAAGAUGUUGUAUGGGUGGACAUUGCACGGGCUCAAAAAGUCUCAUAAUAAGAGGCAUUUUAAAACAGAAGGACAUCCUUCCUUUAAUGGUAGGGGGCGCUCACCGAUCGUUCUUACGGAACUCACUCGUUCCGUUGUGCCUUACGAGCUCUCUCUCGAGCCCAACCAGCAGCCGCACAGCGGCGCGUGAUAUAGGCGGUAUGUCAUUACCGACAAAGGCAAGGGAGACUGGAAUGGCCAUUUUUGGCUUAUUAGCCGUCGUCAGUCAGUCAUGCCCAACCCCGAAGUGUGGAACACCCGAGGCCCGAACUCGCGACCUGUUAGUUAGAAGACCACACCUCUAACCACUGGGCCACGAGCCCGUUGCCCUGUCGGUUUGGAUAAGGAAUAUGCAAUGGUAGGAGGCGCUCACCGAUCGUUCCUUUAGACAUGAAAUUUAAAUACGAAAUUUGCUACUAAAUGAGCACAAGAAAGAAUAUUGUUACGCGUGUUUUCUACGAAAUAUACUUGGAUCUAUAAGGGCAUCGGAAAUCAUUAGGGGAAAUGUAUGUUGCCUAAGUAGUCAUUUUCAAGCGUUUGGUUGUUUCAGGCAACCAAAAGAGAGCAUGUUCAAAAGCAAGCAUCCUUACGUGUUUGAAAUAUCUGGGGAUUAUGCUGUACAAUAAUAAAUAUUACAACCCUACCCUAGUAGUUUCCAGCUGAAAAUGCAUUUUGGAAUUUCGACUAACAUUUUAUACUACCGUAGGGGUAGUGACUGCUUUAGCCGUCCUAGAUGGUGUUGCGUAUGUAGUCGCGUCAUGCUUUGGGUGUUGUGUCCGCAGCAGUCUACGUCCUAAUGCUAGUGUACCAUCGUACCAUGUCAUCCAACCGCCAUUCACCUACAUCGAGGAAAUGGAAGUGGCAGUAAAUCUGCAACCGUAUUUCGUACACCCCUUGCCGCCAUAAAUGCGACAUCUUGCAACCAAGGCCAGAGUACUUUAUGGCCACAGUAUACGAGCAGCUGAACACGGAGUCCACAUUGAAGCAGGGCAGGAUUAAGAGAACCCCCUGUAUUACAGGCGGCCUUACGCUAACUCCCACGGCGGUUUAGGGGUUGGGGUUAGCACACGGGAACAGAUUGCCCUCUGGAAUUCGGUACAAAGCCCCCUGUAGAAUAAACGGUGCUUAUGCCUGUGUCAAAUCCCAACUACGUCACUGAGACAAAACGCUCAUGCCAGCAGUGACGUAUACCGAGUUAUUCGGCUUCUCAGUACCAAAUAACAGUGUUCUCAAGGCUUACGAAUAUCAAGCACGCGAUCAACUGCCAGGUCACAAGCGCCCAUGAAUUUGCGCUUUAGAGAGUGUGAAUAAGCUUGAACUAGCCGUUGUAUCCGUUUAUCUCACCAUCGGUUUUCCUAUCAUAUAACUUUAACUGUUUUGGAGGGGUAUUUUGCUGCGAUAAGGAUUAGGUUCUUUUUUAAACCUAGCUGCUUUGAAUUCGGGGACUUGUAUUCUUCAAUUAAGUACGGUCCUUACUGUACACAUUAUAAUGUAUGCAUUCCAUUUUGCAUGCAGUCCUGCUGAUGCUCAAUUACUGCCCAAAAUACAAACAAGUGAUGCAGCGAUUACUCUUCGACUUUUUAAGUGCCUCCUGGUCACCGGCAAACUAACGUAUUUAGAGAAAAUAAGGAAGUUUACGAGACACCUAGAAAAGCAUCACUUUCUUAAUUAUAAUUGUAAAAAGAACAUACAUUACAUGAAAAAUUAGUCAGUCGUGCAGUUGUGCCUCUUUUGCCGAUAAUUUCUAGGCCGCAAAGGCUCUUAGCUGUUAAGUUUUUGAUGAACUGACAGUUUUUAAGCAAAACAGAACAAAACCGAUCAUGUCUUCCCCAUCACAUAACUCGUCAUGAAUAUUUAGUAUUGUGGACUACUGAAUCUUACAAAGGCAGGCGUUAUUCAUCCCUGGUUGGAGUCAGACAGUCAAUCUCUCGAAUUCUUUUAAUUUACUACUGUCUGAGCUACCUACGACUCGGCAUCAGCUUUGCGAAUUUCCAUAUUCUCUUAUUUCAGUCUCGUAAAUCUGACCCAACGUUGCAUGAGUCAGAUUUUUCUGUUGGAUCGCAGAAAGUGCUCUGGAUGACAGUAAUAAAAAGUAACCGGCAAUUUGGCUUACGUAGGCAUGCAACACCAACAGCCGGUAUGGCAAGCAUGCACACAGUGACGCAUGCAAGAAAAUAAGGCCGCUGGUUUCGGAAUGCUUUUAUGAUAAAAAGGAUGCAUAGAAUGACUUCCUUACGAAUUGGAGUAUGGUUUGAGCACAGGAAUUAGUGUUAGGGGUUUGGCUUUUAGAUUAGGAUCUAGGGAUUAGACUUAGAUACAGUAGCCCUAGAAUCCGAAGCUACAGCACUCGCCAAGCCUUCAAUCACAGGCACCAGCAUUUCUCGCUAAUUCCGCUUUCUGCGGAUCCUGGAAGCCAUUUUCAACGUCAAACUUUCUCGCCUAAAAGUUCCCUUUAGUGCCAUUAAUGUACGCUAAAUAUCCGCUAAACUCCUAUCGUAAAGAAACAUGACGCUCAAAUUCGCAACAUUCGAAUUCCAUAUUCCAGUUGGCUAAUCUAGGCUGGUCUACACUUUACAUGUUUCUUAUUGUUUACCUUUUUAGAUUUCCCGUUUUGUUUUCGUUGCUAUAUGUACGGGUAUUGCAAGUUUUGAGUCACACUUUGAAAUACUUAACUCAUUUUCCUUAUUUUUUUGGAAGCUGACAUAUCAUCAAGGUGCCCCAGACGUAAAACCCCUAUUACUACCAUUCUUGUAAGACAGGUGGCUGUGUCUGAUUGUGCGACACUUGGGGACCUUCACUAGAUCCUUACCGGCAUGCGUGCAAAGAGGACAUUUAAACACUAUUUGGGUUAUCCUCUUCCAAAUUUAUUUAAAUGGCUUUUUAAAGUUUGUCCAACCGUCUUAUAUGUUGUUUAGGUGCGAUUUGCUGUAAUAAGUGAAUGAAUUAAGUAGUGAGGAUUAAUUACUAGCACAAUCUACCAGAAAAAGUAAAAUUCACGGAGAUCUUGGCUGAAUGAGGCUCGCAGCGUCUGGCGGGGAACUUCUGAAUUCCCGAAAAGUCGCUGUCUGCUCAGAUUGCAGAGUACUCAAUCGGAUAACGAGAAGAUACUGAGUCAAUUCCUUUGUAAGGCAAACGCUUUCUACCCCUAUACAUGCCAAUAUUUCCGGUUACAGUAAAAGUAAAAAAUUGCCACCGAAGUGAUUUGCAAACUAAUAACAACUUUCCCCUGUUUAAUCUGCAUCGAAGUAUUUUUUCAAACAAACCAAAGCCCGUUCUGACCUCCCAAACUAACCAAGUCAAGGUUUUAAAUUUGCAACUCGCGACUUGGGCUGCCGUCAUAUAUAAUUCCUUAAGCCCUUUGUCUCAACACCUACUUUUCCUGAUUGACAUAUUAAAAAUCGUUCGGGGAGUUGGAAGCAAGCCAGUAAGAUACAGGCACAAACUUGGAUAAACAAUAAUUUAUGAGACAUUUCGACAAAGUAGAGAAAAAGGGAGAAGCAUGAGAAGCCGUCAAAAUUACUCAAAAUGAAGUUCGAAGUGACUUCCUCGAACUCUGAGGGUGUGUCAGGGCUAACCAUUUUUGAAGCGUUAAUUUCGAAGUGCCUUUUUUCAUACAUAAAACCCCCGCAUUAUAAACUUAAAACGUGUUUCAGUCGCGCGAACGCAAACUGAGCUGCCCGGUGAGUGACCACUUUCAAGCAUUACUUUAGCCCAUCGGGUUUAGAAUUUAUGGGCCCUCAACACUACAGUAGAUGUGCUAUCUUAUGAAAUGUUAAUCGAAAUUCUGAAAUGGGUGUUCGGUUUGAAAAGAUAACUUAAGUAGGGUUGCAAUAUUAAUGAUCAUGCGGCAGAAUCCAAAAUAAUCCAGUCAUAUCAGGACGUCGGCUUUGGAACGAGCUUCCUUCCGACCGCCUGCAAAAUUUGCACUUUGUAAAAUGGACUACUUAAAUAGUAUGCCUUUUCUCUUUGAUUUUCGGCAUUCUUAGGAAUUCAAAUAUAUUUUGUGGAAAAUAUGCACAAAAUAUUCCUUUUUAUUCAUUUGGUGGCAAAUUAUGUCUUCAUUAAGUAUCAGUUUUAAAGGAAGAGAAUAAUGUCGUUUCAAAAACUUUCUCAAUAAUUUUAGAUCCGACAUGUCACCAUACUUGCAUUUAGAGUUUCUAAACUUCAAGUUGUUCAUCUUCUCUGUAAGAAAAGUCAUGUAUUUAUAUACGCUAUUGCACAGAUACCGUGUGGGGCACAUAGAAAUUUGUAAUGAAUUGAAACCAUAGUGUAUACUUCACAAGCAACAUUAAUAACUGAAGAGUUAUGGCAUUUUAUGAAUGAACAUUUCACGGCCCCAACAAUCUCAGUUAAUUCCUCCUUUUUUCUUUCAGUCUAAAAUUCCAAGAAGAUGUGGUCUGCCACCAAAUGAGUGAAAGGGCAAAUAUUUUUAGCAUUUUUCUAUAAAAUAUAUCUGAAUUUAUAAGGCCAUCGAAAAACAAUGCGAAAAAUUUCCACUAGCUAAGUAGUCAUGUUCUACGGAGUGUAGCUGUCGCAGAUGGCCGGAAGGACUCUCGUUCAAAAGCUGACAUCCUGACGUGACUGAAAUAUCUUAGGAUUAUGCUACACGGUAAACAAUAUAUCAACCUUACUUAAACAAUCUUUUGGAGUCGAAAACGCAUAUCGGAUUGACGGUCAACAUUUCGUUUCAUAACAAGUCCACUGUACGGCUGGCCUCACGUUAAAUUCUAAGGAGUUCCUAUUCCCAUGUUCCGACUUUAGCCUUAAUUUUAGCACCAACCCUCAUCCUAAUUCCAACCUUAACAAUAGCCUAAACAUAACUCUACAUGAAAUUUAGGUCAAGCCCACCUAUAACACAGGGGGUCCAUCUUCUCGUGGCCGACCAGGCAGAUGGAUAGAAUCGUAGUGACGGGGAAAGCAGGAGACGCCCUGAUAACCGCAGCCGACUGUGACUUGAUCUUCUGCAGAUAUCUUUUGUGAAAAUUAGUCUUGAUUCCAUCCUAUGCUGGUUGGUACUACCUCACCGCAGCCACCGCGUCCUUGGUAAUGGAGCCAAGAUAACAGCCCGUGCAUUAACCUGCCCUUGAUUGACAGCCAAGUUAUUCUUGGCGGCAGUCUUGAUUAAACAGAACCGUUUAAGAGCACAGCUAAUCGGACUUUCUGCAGGUGACGUAAAACUCACCAAAAAACUGCUCUGGAAUUCUUGUGAGGAUGCAUUAAUUGUCACGGUGCCAUUUUCAAACUCAGGCGCCAUCUUCCCCUUUUGUCCAUUCACGGCCGGUUUUCUACGUUAAGGCUGGAACCUGACUAGUUGAUGGAUCCUUGAAAGUAGCUCUUGUACGUAAAUUUCUGAAGAAGGUGGGGGCGUGCGUAAAUCUUCGAACGUAGAACUAAGCAGAGAUGUAUUUUCGCUUUUAUUCGGAUGGUGGUGUUUGGAAAACUUUGUUUUUGAAAAUGUUCCUAAUAAGGAAGCACAAGCAUAUCAUUUAUUAAUUCCAUCUUUGACGCCAACCAGGGGACAAAUCUCUGGCGAUAAAGUCAACUUCAAACUCCCUGGAAGGAUUAAAAAGCUAGGAGAAAUAACAUCAUGAGUCAUUUUUGUUUUUUCUUGCAUCAUUUUGGUGUUUGCCCCUUAUCAUAGCAAACGACGAUAGGUAUAAAAAAGCUUUGACUGGAGUGGAGCUUUAUCGGAGGAAGUAGCGUUUAACGAGGGCAUCCAGAGACUGGCAGGUCCAUUUCAGAAGCAAACAAAGUUGGAUGACUCAUCCUGAAAACAGCAACCCGUUCAAAACCGAUAUUCUUGCCGGCAACCCCGGGUGAUGUGUUUGCUCAUGAACAGUAGAACCCAGACUUAACACAGUAUUCGCCAGCUUCUGAUUGGACAGUCGAAACUGUAGGUGAAAAGUGUGAUCCCUAGCAGAAGUACACUGGUCGAGGAUAUUUCCACUUCUGCUAUCUUGUACGUAAAUCUAACCUUCGCAUUUAUCGGUACAAAAAUCGAAUCAGUUGGCAACCGUUUGGUCACUGUGCUGGUGAAAUUUAAUUGAUAUUUCCGAAGUAGUCGGUGAACUGUCAUUCCUUACUUUGGAGGCUUGGGAAGAUUUUCUUAUCGUUUUGGCCAGCGUGAAAGUCGUCUGCCAAGAGAUCCAUUUCCAUCUGAGCUGAUCCAUCCUGGUGUCGAUUGGUAGCGGCAACUACUCAGUGACCGGGAAUGACUGCAGGCAUAAUGUGACUUUUCAGCCGGCGUAGUCUAUGCGAAGGCUGUUAGAUAGCAUCAAAGGAAGAGGAAAGCGAAUACAAUGCAGGGCAAAACGAAAUUACAAAGGACUGCUGAAUCCACUUUGAAGUACUGUCCAUUAAGACCUUGAGUUUGCAAACAUUGAAAGCUAUUUUGAACCCUGAAUUGUUUUCGUGCCAGUCGGUGGUCAUCAUUGAUGAGCUGAUUACACUGAUCAUAAAUACAAACUAAACUAUCCCAGUUACUAACAUAUUAUCAGUAAGCACGUUUGACUUGUAUGAAAUCACACACAAAAGAAAAAUUGCAGUUUGCCUUGACUCGGUAACCUGCAUUAGACAUCCUUCCUGAAAUGCUGAUAUCCCAUGUCUUUGGUCUUAUACGCGGUCAUCAACGUCAUGAACUUUAUUAUGUGUUCGUUUACGGACCCCCUUGGCCCAUUGGAGUCAUCUGUGAGUUCAUUUACAUCAAAGGCUGAUGUAUUUUAUCUACGACUUGUCCAUGUCUUUCGAAAAAUCUCACUCUAAUGGGGAGCCUGAAUGUUCUGUGCGUCGUCUGGUUUAACUAGUUUUCAUUUUUUUUCUUGGCCGAAUGUAGACCAUCAUCUCCCUUCUGCCAUUCGCGACUUGACCUGAAGUUGAUAGUGGUUAAGGUACACCUAGGACUUUAGGAGCUUAGACAAUAUAAAAUCCGCGGCCAUAGCAAUGCUCUGGACUGUUUAGAUUCGAAGAAAAGAACCAACAUUAACACAAUAGGAGAUCCAAUGCGGAUGGUGGGGUUUUCACAUGAUUAGAUUUCGCAAUUGUUUGAAAAUUUACCGAGGUUGGAAGGACGUCCAAACUUCCAUUUCCAACGUUUAUUUUAAAGGCCUCGGCUGUAACAUAUAGAUAAACUGAUCCUGAGCUUUCAGACUCGUACAGAAGUCCAUCGUCAGAGGUAGUGGCAGAAACAGGACAAGCGGCAGUUAUAAGGCACGUAGACCCAAUCAUUGACCGACGUCGCACGACUGGAGGUGACUACGAAGGGCUCUGUACGCCGGGGCCAGAUCGAUAAAUCGAUUGACCGAGUUCUCAUCCGAGGCCCAGGCUUCAAUCAAUUCUCGGCCUGUUUUGUUUCCGGCGUGGGCAACUAUUUUGGUGGCUGCGAAGUCAAACUCGUGACCCAUUUCGUAGGUGUGGGCGGCCACUUGUGACAAUGCGUCGCCUCGCCCUACAGCCAGCUUAUGUUCAUGUAUGCGCGGUCCGAGCAUGCGCCCAGUCUGUCCUGUGUAAUUACAAGGACAAUUUUGACACGGAAUGCGAUACACUACUCCAGAUUGCUCUUCGGGUUUUAACCGGUCUUUGAUCUUCAUGACCCUGUUGCGCAUGGUGGCUUUGGGGCGGUGUGCGAUUCCAACCCCUAGCUCCGCAGCAAUGCGCUCGGUCGCUUCUGAACUCAAUUAUGGUCUGGUAACCAAGUGCCUCCUCGAAGCCGAGGCCUGUUCGACUACUGGCUUUUCAUUUUGCAAAGCCUGUCAUUUGUCAGAUCCUGACUCUGAAGCAGCGAACGAUUUUCUACUAUAAUGGCGUAGUUUCCUUCGAUGAAGCCUUCCACACUCCUUUUAUCCUUCAUUUUUAGUUCUUCCCGCUGACGGAGACAAAGGGAUGCUACCCGAUUGCCACAACUUUUCGCGGCGAGUUACCAGCACCUGGCAGACCCUGGGAGUACUACUACAAUCAAUUUGUCUACCAGUCCGGCCUGAACACAUCAUCUUCCAGUUUAGGCGAACCACAUGAAGGCUGUUGGAGCGAAGGUCUGCGCGGUGAUGCCACAACGGAUCUCACAACUGCUGGUCUGAGUUCUGACGCUUCUGCUGAACUACCUUUUCUGAUGAACGACACAUUAGCUCGGAACAGUGCGGCCUCCAGUCACCAGCUACUUCAAUUUCGAAAUCCGCAACAGAAACUUUGA